AUGAGUUGCCAAGCCUUUUCAAAAAAUAUUGGUCCAGCUCUGAUUGCUUGGUUUCUCCUUAUAUUUCUUACUGUUUUGUAUUUAGUGUUUAUUUGUUGGGAUUUUAGCAAAGAAACUAGUUAUGCAUUUACUGUGUGUCAUUCUUUGCUGUUUUUCUUUGUGGUAUCUGCAUUUGCCAAGGCAACCUUCAUGGACCCUGGAUAUUAUGCUAUGGGUGUUCCCGGUGAAAAGAUGACUACUGUUGAGAAAGGUUCCCCUCGUACUGUAAUGUAUAAGUCUGUUGACAUAAAUGGAGUUUCCACCCGUUUGAAAUGGUGUGUCACAUGUGAAUUUUACAGACCUCCUCGCUGUUCUCAUUGCUCUAUUUGCAAACAUUGCAUUGAUACGUUUGAUCAUCAUUGUCCUUGGCUGAACAAUUGUAUUGGGAAACGAAACUAUCGGUAUUUUUUCUCGUUCCUACUCACAUUAACUCUUCAUAUGAUUAUUGUUUUUGGCGUGUCCAUGACGUAUGUUCUGAUGCGUACGAAUGAACUCUCUCACUACAAAGUCAUUAUUGCCAUUGGUGUGUUAAUUUUGGUAGGCUUAUUGCUGCUUCCUGUGCUAGGUCUGACGGGAUUUCACAUUUUUUUAGUCAGCAAAGGACGAACUACAAAUGAACAGGUCACUUCAAAAUAUGAUCUUGAUAUGAACCCUUAUGAUCGCGGCCUGUGCAAGAACUGGCUACACAUUUUUUGUACCUCUCAACCACCUAUAUUGAAUCGACCAAAUGUAGCAGAAGUUGAUAUGUGGGAAAUAUCCUAUAAUGGUAAACCUAUCAAACACCGCCAAACAUCAAAUUUGCGUUCUGGUUCUAAUAACUACAAGCUUUCUGAUACUUUUAAAUCAUCUAAAAACCCGGUUGAUAUUGUUAAACAGGGAGAAGUUGUUUGUGAAAAGGUGGAUUUGGAAGAUAUAGUUAAUCAUUCUUCUGAUCAACGAAACACAUCCGAAGUAAUAUCAAGUGUUCAUCAUGAAUUAAACAAAUCUCUUUCACCCAACCCACAAUCAAAAGUUUUAUCCCUUAAAGAGUUUUCAAAUGCAACCCACACUAAUGAAAACCUUAUGUCUAGAUCGCAAUCUCCUGUUUGUGGAAGGACUGGCGAAUUAAAUAAAACAAAUCCAAAUCUUGCUUUAGUAGGAACAAAGUCAAAGUCUUUAGGUAACAAAGAUCAAGGUAAAAGUCUACUGAUUGGGACAAAUACACCAAAAUAUGUAUCAAAUGAAAAUAGUGCUAGCUUUAAUUCUAAUAUCAAUUCUGUUGUAACAUCUACUAACGUCCCCACGAAAAUCAUAUCCGAUAGAGAUCGUUUCGGCAUAAAAGGUGACCAUUUAACUCCACUUCUAGGAUCUCAAGCGAAUUCGGACGUUGACUUGAUUCGGGGACGUCAAUUGCAAAAACUUACCAUAGAAAACCAAAGUAAGUCGAGUAAUUCGCUUCAUCUCAGACAACAGGAUCAGAGUGCCGCUACCGAAAUUGGAAGAAGUUCUUCACGUGAUUUUUCUUCUCGUUCCAAUGAAAAUAUGUGUCCUUGUACAUCAUCUAAUUCGAUGAUGAAUAUCCGCGAUCGAGUCACCCUACCGAUAAGUUCACAUGGUGCGUCAUUUUCUCAACCGCGUGCUGCUACUGCCGAACAAUUCAGUACUCCUCAGGAUUUUAAUGGUACACAGUGUACAUCUAAAUCUUACUCUCCUUCAACAGGUCGUGGUAUACAUUAUGUCACGUCAGCUACACUUGAUUGUUACACCCCUGAAUCUGUAAAUCUACCAACUAGCAAUAUAUCAAGGGGUUUUGUGAAAUCAAUGAGAUCUGAACAACGCCGUCAUGAAUUUCCGCACCAGUUUUAUCCUCGGUCUCCUGGAAUGCAAGUAGAUCAAAGACACUUACUACCCCAUAAUGAAGUUGCCAAUCAUUUAUCUCCACGGUCACUUCACAGUCUUCCUCCACCUCUACCUCCUCAUGGCUCCCAGACAAAUAUUUCUCAUGCUCGUCCAUUUUGGCCUCCAGCUGUACCUCCUCACGGUAUUUCUAAAUCAGUACCAUAUUUCUUGCCGGUUGAUACAGCUAGUCAAUUUAGUAAUACCACAGCAUCCUCUAAUCUUCGUUUGGUCAAACCACCUUAUUUCAGUAAUCCUCAUGGGGUUCAAGUGGAUGGAUCUAGUUACUUCAUAGGUAGUCCACGUACAAAUGAGCAGUCAGCUUCAAAAUUUGUAUCUCAGUCAUUUGGUUCGACUCAUUGUCCUUCAAUUAUGACACAAGCUGGUUCACGUCCUACGCCACCAUUACCUCCGCAUAAUCGAAUUUCUAAACUGAAUGCACCAAACAAUCGAAUGCAAUCAACUGGACAUAGGAAUUCUAAUCAUUUAGUCACACGAUGGCAAAAGGAUGGUGAUUCUAAUUCUCCUGAUGGGACUUUUGAAAUUUCAGUUUAG